GCGACAAAAUCAACCUGACAGUGGUGAAUGUGACUGAGAUGCGUUGACAAAAACAAAAAAAAAAGUAGUGGGUUGUAAAUGUACCUAAAUGUUUUGUGUUGGUGAGCUACCACUUGGGCUCUCCCUCGACGAUAGUUGCACAACGUGAGCUGGAUUGGAUUCUCGCUCGCACAAGGCGAUAGCAGCGUUAUAUGCUGCGAAAGCGAUUUUCGAGUGUAAACAACAAACUCUUGUUUCAUGUUGUGUGUCCGUGAUCGGACGUAGCGGAAAAAGGGCAUCGAAUCUCCCACACAUAAGGCGCAGAAAGCAAGUCUACAGCACCGCGAGAGUGUUUCUUCGUCGUCUGUUCGGCGAGUAGUUCCAUGUUGACGGAGCAGGCCUUGAGAUAUAUGCUAUGGUGCGGCGCAGGCGGUGGCAGUAAAAAGUGACGUUUUCGGAAUUGUUUUACACGCUACACCUGCGUUGUGGGUAUUGCGGAGGAGAGGAAAAUUUUUGUUUACCAAUCUUUUGGAAAGUGCAAUUUUCCGCAAUCGCAAUUAACGAGAGCAACAGAAGAAGCAUCGACGACGGAGUAACCAAAGCAACAACGGAAGGGUGAAGCAACGAGUGAUUGUCUGUGAAUGACGACGGUUUUUUUUUUGUCGAGUGGUCUUUAUUUACUGAUAGAUAGUGUGUAGUGCAGAUUGGAGGAACGAAACGCAGACAUCCGGAGAUUUUUUCAGGCGAUUGUUCCGAUUCGAUCAGCCCACACCGACUAGUUCGAAAAGAUAAAAGGUAAUUAUUCGCGCCUUCCCGUAGUAGAUAGAUACAUCUCGCGGUCGCGAGUCGAUUGGCGUACGCCAAUCACCACCGACCGUAUCGUCUUCAUAUCUCUUUGACACCGCGCGAGAGCGGAAGAUCACCUCCCGGGCCACACUCAUCAUCGGACGCAAUAAUAAUGAUAAUGUACAGGUGCUACAACACGAGUGCCUCGUGGUGAGAGUCCCGAUCUUUUACACCAACAACAACUGCCUGCAGCAACUAGACUGACGGGACGGGUGCGCUAUCAACAUCUUCAUCAACCAGCAUCGUCGUCACCGUAAUCAUCAUCAGCGUCAGCCAAAGAGUUGCAUUCUACGCACGCCGGGGAUGGCAUCGCAUCACCACCAUCGCAAUUGGUGAUUGCAACGCGGCGGAAACGGAAUAGAUGCCAACGUCGCCGGGUCGGAAUCGAUGCGCCCUCGAAGGGCCUCCCGUUUUGUUCGAAGCUUACCGGCGAGAGGCUAACAAGGAUCUCCGUUCGUUGGUGGUGAUUUCAUCAGCAUCCCGGAACGAUUAGAAGCUGUGACUCUAUGUCUACCACUGGAGCAGGUCCCCCAGGCAGAAGCAAACGGAGACGAACCGAUCGAAGAAAUGACGUAAACUUGUGCACCCGACUGGAUCGACGGAACUGAUUGGACCAAAAAUAUCAUCAACAGCAACAACAACAAUAAUACCUACGAUACCCGAGAGCAGCAGUAACUUUUUGCUGUUCCCCUUUUGAAGAUCCAACCUUAGCAACGCACAGCCUCUCCCCUUUUUGGACUGAGUCUCAUACACAGACAAAAAACAAGAACAUUCGAAUUCUAAAAAGCACAAAACGCACAAGAGCAAACCCAGCACGAUACAAAACAAAAAAAAAGAAGAAGCGACAAAAAUCGAAUACGACGACGAGUCCCAAACGUACGAUCACAUUUAUGAAACAGUUCAAAGACCAGAAGAUCAAAUUAAUCAGAAUGCUGACCCGGAGAAACUGGCUGCUGCGGUGCAGCAUCCUGAUCAAUGUGGCGGUGCUGCUGUACCUGUGCAGCCACCUGCUGAUCGGCGGGGGCAACUUUGCCCUGGGGCCGGCCUACAUCAUCUCGGACGAGUCGAUGCUGAAACCGGCGGCACAGUACCGGACCCACAUCCCGGCGCACUUGGCCGCCCAGCUGCGACAGGACGAGCGGGAAGCGUUGCUAAUGCAGCAGCAACAGCAGACGCAAUCACAGCAACAUAGUAGUGUGGUAUUAAAAAUUCAGGAAAAUGGGAUCAGCGUCCAGGAGGUGCCCCAGCAACAACAGCCCCAGGGAUCGAAUCAGGACCAGCUGCUGUUGGAGGCGGCCGCCGGCCGUGGCGGCGAUGUAGAUAACACUAAUAAUAACGUUAAUGUAGAUGAUAGUCGAUUCGAUGUGCCAACAGAAACAAGCCAGGGCAACAACGGUGGCCCAGGCAACAGUAACAGCAACAACAACAAUAGGGCUGCCGGUGCCGAAAUCCUGUACCAGGACGGAGGUGCCCCGAAUGGCGCUGGAGCUGGACUCCUCAACGCUAGUGAUAUUUUCUCGACCACGGCGUCGAUUGAUCUCGACAUGAAGCUAAGGUCACUGCUUAACUGUCACGAUCGUGACUACGAACCGUACAUCGGCCAGCGGGGUGACUUCUGGGUAAUGAAGAACUACAUCCGCGCCGAGCACGGCGAGCUGCGUUGCCAUGAAACCAUCACGUAUACCACACACGCGGACUAUACGUUCCUCGAUAAUCUGAUACCACUGCUGGAGAGGUGGAACGCACCGGUCAGCUUAGCGAUGCACGCCCCGGGUACGGAUUUUGUGCCCACCGUCAACGCCGUCAAGUAUCUCCGAGACUGCCUACCAGAGAGUCAUUUAGUUCGUCAGUUUGUCACAUUUCAUAUUUAUUUUAGUAGUAAACAUAUUCCUAAAAACGUUCCUAAGUACGACAAAGUAUUAGAGCCUCCCUUCAACUGUUCGCUGCCGGCGCCGUACUUCAACGUGUCGAGCUCGCAGCUCUACAAGACGCAGAAGAAGCUGCUGUACCCGGUCAACGUGGGCCGGAACAUUGCCCGGGACGCGGCGAUGACCCACUUCAUACUAGCUAGCGAUAUCGAAUUGUACCCGAACCCGGGUCUAGUGCAUAAGUUCUUAGAGAUGAUCGUCCGGAACGAGCCGGUGCUGCAGCGGAAGAAUCCCAGGGUAUUCCCACUGUCGAUAUUCGAAGUGGACAGCAGUUCGCCGGUUCCGCGGGAUAAAACCGAACUGCAGGAGUUGCUUCGGACGGGCAAGGCGAUCCCGUUCCACAAGCGAGUCUGCUCCAGCUGCCAUGGAGUUCCCAAAUCGAAGGAGUGGAUGGCUGCCAACGAAACAGACGAUCUGGGAGUGUUCCACAUAGGCAAACGGGUGGGCUAUUUUGUCCACUGGGAGCCAAUCUACAUUGGAACCCAUGCCGAUCCCCACUACGACGAGCGGUUAAGUUGGGAAGGCAAAAGUGAUAAAAUGACGCAGGGAUACGCACUUUGUGUGCUGGACUACGAUUUCCACAUACUGGACAAUGCGUUCCUGGUGCACAAGCCAGGCAUCAAGGUGCUUAAGAAGGACCCCAAGCGGGCGAUGCUCGCGGCGAAAACCAACCAGCUGAUCAAGAAGAUCAUCUACCCGGAACUGCAGGUCAUGUACGGUUCGCGGAAAGGCUGUGCUGUAUAGUUGAAGGGGAAACAGUCGGUUCAAUAGCGUAAGGAUAGUCCCGGCAACAACAACAACGGUGAUGGAGGCGUAGGCGGGUUGAGCUGGUACAGCCGGAACAGCCGAGAGCCUGUCGCGCCGCACAACGGUAAUAGUGGUGGCGGUUUCAGUCUGGAUGGGACGUCUGUCGCUGCGUCCCUGUUGACCUCGUCGUCCAUGGCCACAGCUGGGGCCGGAUUUCUGCUGUCGCUUCAGGAGCGGCCCCAUGUCGGCAGUCGACGGAAGAAGGGCAAGCGGAAGGGAUUCGUCAGACGAAAGUAACUAUAGGAAAAGCGAGCGUCACGAGAUAAGUGUGAGUGCGAUGCGGCUUUUGUAAAUUUUUAGGAAUGAUCACACUUUGGGAAGUGUGCGUUGUAUGUGUAUACUGAAUGCAAUAAUUGGUGUGUUACGGAGCAAUCAGAUGCGGAAGAAGUGUGAAUUUUAGAUGUGUAAGCAGAAAAGUGAUACAGUCUUAAUAUACUCCUAGGCUUAAGGCAGAAGUAAGGAGAACAGCUGUCGCAAACUAUAGGCUAUUUUCUAUAGUUGGAAGAUGUAGUAAUGUUUCAUUGUGGUAAUUUUUGUAACUUUACUGUCAGAAACACUAACCAAAACGAUCAACGCUCGUAGGAAGUUCAAUCGUGUAGCAACAACAAAAUCAGAUCAUAGAAUAUAACCUGAGCAACGUUGGAUAUUUUUUAAUCAUUUUUACACCGAUAGAAACAAAUAAUUCAAAUGAAUACAAUGAACACACAAACACCGUAACCAAAACGUAACAUUCUGUAGGAAGAAGACACUAAAGAGAAGUCACGAGAAACAACAAACUCCUAGUAUUACCGAACAAGCAGUGACAAACCUACUACCACUUGAUAAAUCGCUAUACACACAAACACACACACACACAUACACAGAAAUGUAAACCAAUAGUAAAUUAAUCUUUGGCUGUUCACCGUAAGUAGACAAGUGUAGCUUCUGCGGUGUUGGAACUUAGUGUUUUCGAUUAGACACUGACUGGUUGGAUUUAGGGAACAGAUGAUACAAAAUGCAGUUGUGGAACAAGGAAUCUGGGAACCGUCUUCACAUACUCGAUUUUCAACUUUGGAGAUGUAUCCGACGUCAUUUUAGUGAGUAUCAAACGUCUAGAUCAAAUAUUUCCAAUUUAAUGGGCAUUCCGGUAUCACCAGCCGGAACCAAAACAAUCUGGUACUUCUCCAGGUCUCUGUUUUCUUUUUGUCUCUCUGGAAUCAAAUCACAUCAGCGGUUUUCUAGAGCGUCUUCGGUAUCACCAGCCAAGAGAAAGACAACCCAGCGGUUCUCCGGUUUCCGGAUAUGAUUCUUCCACGCACCAGGCUUCUUACAAAUGUGUUCGACAGCCAACCGAAGUAGGAGGCAAAGUCAUGCCAACCUGGCGCUGCGUUGGUUACACCGCACUAACAGUUGGGCGUUAGGCGUUACUCGGAAGAGGUUGUUUACUGUGCGUUAGCACACUGAACAGAAAUUGCUUUUCGAUUUCACUUGAACGUUUCGAGUAAUGUUUACAAAUAAAAUUUGUUGGUGGUUUCACCUGAAUUACGCAAAACCCACUUUCAACUAUUUGAAAAGGUACUCAAAACUCUUUGAUAAAUAUGUCACCCUUCUCAAAUUCCGUGUUCCAAUUAAAGCAUUUUGUAUCAUCAUCCUGCUCCAAAACAAAAGCAAAAAAAGCGUUUAUUCUGACACAAGAUGAAUUCAAUCUAUCACACACACAGUUAUUAGGUUACAUAAGAACUAAGAAGCUGCCUUUUCUUCCAUAAAUCUGACGAAGCAGAAUCUCGUGGUUAAUUGACUGUCAUGUCGUUCCACACCUCACACCCAUGGACGGACUUCUAGAUUCAAGAUUUUAUCACGUUCAUAUAAUGACUAAAACUGCGUUUAUAAACUGCGUUGAAGCCACGUCCAAAACAAAAAAGCUCCUUUGUGCGCUUGUACGUAAACGAAUAUGCAGGCAGAUGAGCUCUGCCGGUAAAAGUGGAUUGUUUAAACCUCUUCCGGCCCCACCCAGAUACCUUGAAACAUGUUUUAUAACUUCCAAAUGCGAUCAAAACUUGGGAAUGAAAACAACUUGAUUGAAAAGUUUUACCAAAAUUCGAGGAUUUGCAUUAACUAGUAGUAGCAUUAAACAGGCCGAAUAAAAUGAUACGUUGCAUAAAGUUCAGCAGAAAAAUAGCGAGACAUUGUAAAGAGUAUUUCCUUUUUGCGAGUUUUCCCGGUUAUUUCUUGAAGGGUGUCUAAAAUAUCGAGGUAUUUAUUUGAAUAAUUUGACAGUCAACCAAUCACCUGGUUCUUACAAAAGAAAAAAAAAUACGAUACCCCAGAACAAAUCAAUAGAACUUCUUUCUUCCAACCAUUCCUACCAAAAUGUGAACUUUUAAUCUUAGUUGUUCGUUCAAUGAUUUCUUCUUCUCUAUAAGAUGAGUGCCUUAUAUUGUAUUGGGAAAUAAAAAUACUACAAGAAUAAAACUAAAAAAAACGACUUCAUAGUGUACCGUCAAACAACAAUGGCAUACUCUAAAUAUGGCAAAAAAAAAAUAUAUAAAAAUCCGGUCGAUGUACACAUACAAUCAGAACCAUUACUAGAAUCGAAAGUCAUUUUAUCGGAUCACACUCUAGCAUCAUCACCACCACCGUAGCUCUUAGUUCAUUUCAAUUGUACAUAGACUUUGUUCUUUCUUUUUAAGCUUAGCUAAAAUACGUUUAGAUUAUAGUUUAGCAAACGGAACAAGUGCUCAUUUUAAAUUUAGUAGCUCCUCGAUAACCUCUUGUGACGUAUAUCACCACACCAUCUAUCCGAAUUUCAUCAUUUUAUCUUUAGUUAGGGAGUUUUAGGUUACACUUUGUCAGUCUAGGUCAACUCCAGUAGGUACCAUAAAGCUAGACGGAAAGUCAGACUUGUAGCUAAUACACAGUAUGCUUCAAGAAAAAAAAAUCGUUUGCUCUAGGCAACCCUCCAAAUAAUAGAAAUCUUUCUUUUAGUAAGGCAAGGCGCCAUCGCGCCACGCCGCCGUAUCGAGUUUACCGUAGCUCUAGAAUCCGUUAUCAAAAUUACUAGGAGGAAAAGCAACAAGUUUUACCACGAACAACUUCAAUAGUGAGCGAGAUAAGGCAAUAGAACAGUAGCGUUCCGAACCGAAUAUUGAAAGAUUUGUUAUCUAAAAAGAAAAAGUAAGCCAACCAAGGUACCACUUAUUUAUUACAUUUCUUAUUAGAGGAAUCUAGUUCUACUUUCAAUCUCCAUUCAUAAUCACUUUCAUCGGUCAGGAGGGAGAAAA